AUGUUUUCUCUCUCCUACCUUGCUUGCUACACCAUCAGGUGCUCUUCCACCGCAGAUGGCCAUGACCCAAAUAAGCAAAAACUGAAAACCCUCAACUUUAAUGGGGUGGCAAGUACUGUGCCCACAGCUAAGGUGGACCUCCUGAACAACAGAAAUAGAGUUGUCACCACUUCAUUUGUUCAUAAAGACAGCCUAGUACACGAGACUCCGGUCAACUCAGUUAAUCAUGUUUCUGAAAAUGGAUACGUCACCAAAGAGAAGGUGAGGCAGAAUAUUCCGACAAAGAAGCAGCUCAUCGACCCGUUUCGUCAGGGACUGAUUGUUGAAGAGGGUGUUGGGUACAGACAGACACUGGUUGUUCGGUCCUAUGAAGUUGGUCCUGAUAAAACUGCAACAAUUGAGAGCAUACUUAACCUUCUUCAGGAAACAGCAUUGAAUCAUGUGUGGAUGUCUGGUCUUCUUGGAGAUGGAUUUGGUGCCACUCAUGGAAUGAUGAGAAACAAUCUCAUAUGGGUUGUCUCCAGAAUGCAGCUCCAGGUGGAUCAUUAUCCCAUCUGGGGAGAGAUAAUGGAAAUCGACACAUGGGUUGGAGCAUCAGGGAAGAAUGGAAUGAGGCGAGAUUGGCUACUCCGAAGCCAUGCCACAGGCUACGUAUUUGCCCGUGCAACCAGUACAUGGGUGAUGAUGAACCAGAAAACCAGACGCCUUUCAAAAAUGCCAGAUGAGGUGAGGGCUGAGAUUUCACCAUGGUUCAUUGAGAAGCAAGCAAUCAAAGAAGAAACCCUCGAAAAAAUUGAGAAAUUGGAUGAUAGUGCUAAAUAUGUGAACUCAGACUUAAAGCCCAAAAGGAGUGAUUUGGACAUGAAUCAUCAUGUAAACAAUGUCAAGUACGUACGAUGGAUGAUUGAGACCAUCCCUGACCAAUUUCUGGAGAAUCAUCAACUUUCCGGUAUUGUACUCGAAUACAGAAGAGAAUGUGGAAGUUCAGAUAGAGUCCAAUCCCUUUGUGAACCAUACAAAGAUGGAGUUGAUCAACAAGAUAAUAACAUUCUCGAGUGCAAUAGACCCAUAGGGUCCUUAUAUCAGGGGCCAUUCAGCUAUACACAUCUUCUCCAAACAAAAGGGUACACUAGAAAUGAAGAGAUUGUUAGAGGAAGAACAACAUGGAAGACAAAGCUCUCCACCAUGCCAUUUUCUACAUAUUGA